UUUAUUGUCAUCUUUUCCUAAUUUCUUGAAGUUUGCAGGGCACCUUUUGCCAAAUUGCACAUUGCCUUUCUUCCAAAGUUUUUUUGGAAAAAAAACCCCAAUUUUUUUUAUCAGUAUAGAGGUUUUAAUGCUUGUAAAAGCACAAGAAGUGUGAUGACGGCCCACAUGUUAAAGGGUUAACAUGAACUUGAAUGCCCUCCUUUAAACAGUGACUGUAUAAAUCUACCAUGCUGCUGCAUUAAAGAUGUAUGUUUAGCAUUCACAUUUUAGAAUAUGCAGCUUCUUCUCAGCAACAUUUGACGCAUUGUCAACUACCAUGACCACACGAGUCUGGAUCUACAUGGAUGUAAAUUCUAACUGCAGCUUGACUGGUGUGCAGAGGCAUACAACUGCAAGAUGUUAAUUCUAGUUUCUUCACGAAUGUGUCUUGGCAGGAGGUCGUCCUGAGCCCAGUGCAGGAUGGAGAUAUUAAACCUCAAAUUGACAGCAACAAAGCAAACAACUACAAAAUCGUCAAGGAGAUCCUAUUGCGGCUCAGUAAGCUGUGUUACCCCAGUAAGAAGAGUCGAGUGCAGCAGCAGAGGCUGCUGAAGAACAUGGGGGCCCAUACUGUGGUGCUGGACCUGCUGCAGAUCCCCUAUGAGAAGAGUGAUGAGAAGAUGAAUGAGAUCAUGACCCUGGCACACACGUUUCUGCAAAAUUUCUGCAGAGGAAACCCUCAGAACCAAGCUCUGCUACAUAAACACCUGAACCUCUUCCUCACUCCAGGGUUGCUUGAAGCUGAGACGAUGCGCCACAUUUUCAUGAACAACUACCAGCUAUGCCAUGAGAUCAGCGACCGUGUGGUCCAUCAUUUUGUCCACUGCAUUGAAACACAUGGAAGACACGUUCUGUACCUCAAGUUUCUGCAAACCAUUGUGAAAGCUGAUGGGAAGUAUGUGAAGAAAUGUCAGGACAAGGUCAUGACAGAGGUGAGAAGAACAUAUUUUCCAAAUCAUUUCAUUCCAUUCAACUUUAAUUUAAAUCUCAAGCCCUCAUUUAAAAUGAUUUUGAGA